AUGAUAACCAUAUUAAUAAUAAUGUUGUCUUGUUUUUCAACAAAUAGCUCCCGGUGGUAUUCUGCGAGUUUACAGAAUAACAGUGCUGUAGAAUCAUUUAAAGAAGUUCAAAACUUUUCUCCAAUAUUGACUAUUGAUCCAGAGCAAUAUAAUUACAUGGCGGCAAAACUUAAAGAAGGUGACACAGAGAGCAAAUAUACAAAUUCCGAGCAUAGAAAACAAGAAGAGCAUUUCAAAUAUAUUAUACAUCAAACUCAGCAUACUACCUUUAAACCGAAAAGAAAGAUUUCAAGAUGCAGGGAACCACCAAGAAGAUUGAAAAAAUUGAAGACAGACAUACCAAGAGACAGUCGUUUUCUAGAUAUAUUCGAGGUUAUUGAAUUUGAUCAUGUGCCUUGCACAUCUUCUAAUGGAUUGGAAGGAUUAUGUCUUCAUGAAUAUGACUGCCAGAAGUCAGGUGGUACUAAUAUGGGAGAGUGUGCUGAUGGCUAUGGAACAUGUUGUAUAGUGCAAUUCACAUGCGAUAGUAGAUCUGCAUCUCCCAAGGGGUGGUUUACUAAUCGAGAGUUUCCCUUACCAACCUUUGAUAGACUGUCGUGCACCAUUACUUUGGAGAAAGCAUGGCCAGAAGUUAAGCAAUUAAGACUGGAUUUUUUAACCUUUGAGUUGUUGCCUCCCAACUCUGGAAAUUGUGAACAGGACCAGUUUAUAAUAACUGGACAAGAUGUCAACAAUGUGUUACCGAUUCUAUGCGGUAUCAAUACGGGUCAACACGUUUAUGUAGAAGUUGGAAAUUCGGCAGGUCCUAUCAAUUUGUCGAUCCAAACUGUUACACCUGAGAGUCGUAUAUUUGCUAUAAAGAUUACACAACUUUUGCCAAAUAAUGCCUUAUCACCACCGUCUGGAUGUCUCCAGUAUUUCCAAGAAGAGCAGGGAUAUUUGGUAUCUUUUAACUAUCGGGACAUUUCCGAUAUAUCGAUUGGAAAAACAUCAUCUUAUCUGAAUAAUCUAAAUUAUGCCAUUUGUAUACAACGUCAACCGGGUUCUUGCAGUAUCACAUAUAAAAAUGCUGGAUACAUGCAGAUCGUUAAUUACGAUGGUGAAGGUCUUCCAAUAUUACCACCGAGACAAGCCGGAGUAGAAAUUUUUAAUUGUCCGUCAGACUGGCUGUUAAUAUCCGCAGUACGACUUUGUGGAGAACGAUUAAAUGAUGGGUCUGCCGUUCAAGACUUCUCUUUUGAUGCACCAGUUACAGAUAGUGCUGUUGGUCCGAUAAUGGUUUGGUUUAGAUCUGAUAGUGUUUACACUGGCCGUGGCUUUAAAUUACACUAUCAGCAAAAUGUGUGCUUAAAUGCUUCAUAA